UCUCCACAGGCUGACCUCCACGAGCAUGAACUACACUAUGUAGCGACUGAGUUCAUCUAUGUAGCUGAUAUGAGUCUCGUAUGUGGUUUGCUCGAAGUGAUGAUGUCAGGUCUGCAACAGACGUCAGAGCAGACAUUGCCUAAAUGCAUGGAAAUCUCCUAAAUCUCCUCCAACAUUUCGUGGGCGUGCAUUUCCAUAAAGUGUAAGCUCUCUCAUGUUUUCUCUGCUUUCUCCGUGGAGCCAGAGGCUAGAAACCUACAUGUCACAUCGUUCUUUCCUCUCUCUCUCCCCUGCUGUGCGGUCAGAGUAGGGCAGAUAUGGAGCUUAUCAUGGGCUUAUGAAUGGAAUGAUCUCUCUCUUUCUCCAGUCUUGUGCCCUCAGCAAUGGUUUUAAAGUUUUCCAGACACAUUCAUGACUCGUGGCAGCUGCGUGAGUAGAAUCUAGACAUUUAUCAAGCAAGUCGAAUCGAUAGAGUGUUCCUUGAUCUCCAAAAAAGGAGGGAGAGUGAGCUCGACAUCAGACGUUGAAGAACGGGAGAGAACUGUGGACAACGUGAGACCAGAUUCUUCUCUGGCAUAUGGCGCAUUCGCAAUGGCGUAACGAGUAACGAGUAAUUUGGAGCUCAACCCGGCCUUGCCUGCCUGCCGCUUCGCACUUGUCCCAGGCCCACGGAUGGGUCUCGAGAGUUAGAUCAAGGUCUCACACUCCGUCGACUCCUCUCGUAAAUAUUUGAUUCCUCGUCGACAAUCUCUGAAUCGAGAGAGCUCUGAGAGGCAGUCUGUUCGUAGAAAGAGCGCAGAGGCCGGAGCAGACAGCGACGAGAAAAAAUGACGACGCAGAUCGCAGAUCCGCCAGCGGGAGAUUUGCAGGAGAAGAAGCCGUAUGAAGGGCGGACGACCCCAUACGUCUUGGUCACCGUCGCAACCGCGACCUGCAUUUUCAUGUCUGUGGGAUACGAGAUCAACAUCGCAGGAGGGGUGUCGGCCAUGGACUCGUUUCUGGAGGAAUUUUUCCCGGACCUCCUGCGCAAGCAGACGUCGACCAACAACUACUGCCGAUUCAACGACCAGUUUCUGCAGCUGUACACGUCGUCGCUGUACCUGGCGGCGCUAUCGACGUGCCUGCUGGCCUCGUACCCGACUCGAGUCUGGGGGAGACGGGCCAGCAUUCUCAUCAGCGGGCUCACCUUCAUGGUCGGCACCAUCCUGGGCGCCUCGGCCCAGAACAUCGCCAUGCUUCUGAGCGGCCGCAUCAUCCAAGGCGCCGCCCUCGGCAUCUGCGUCCAGGUGACGCCGAUGUACAUCGCGGAGAUGGCGCCGGCGCAGACGAGGGGGGCGCUGAUGGCGUCGCUGGAGAUUGCGCACUCGAUCGGGAUUUUUGCGGCGGGGAUAGUGAGCUACCGGGCGGAGACGAUCGAGCGUUGGGGGUGGCGGCUGGCGCUGGGGCUGGCGGGGGCGCCGGGGCUGGUGUGGGUGCUGGGGGGAGUCUUUCUGCCCGACACGCCGGCCAGCACGCUGCAGCGCGGGCAGCCGCGGCGGGCGCGGGCGAUUCUGGAGAAGAUUCGCGGCACCGCGAACGUGGACGUGGAGUUCGCGGACAUCGCCGGCGCUGUAGCCAAGGCGCAGGGCGUGCGGCACGCGUUCGCGGCCGUACGGCAGCGGCGGUACCUGCCGCAGAUGGUGGUGGGGCUGAGCGUGCCGGUCUUCUUCCAGCUGACCGGCGCCAACUCGGCCGCAUUCUACGCGCCGGUCUUCUUCCGGUCGCUGGGCCUGGGCGCGCAGUCGUCGCUCUACUCCAACGCCAUCCUCGGCGCCGUCAAGGUCGUCACCGCCGCCCUCGCCAUGCGCUUCGUCGACCUCUGGGGCCGCAAGAAGAUCCUCUACCAGGGCGGCGUCGAGAUGUUCGUCUUCCUGAUUGCGCUGGGGGCGCUGCUGCAGUACCAUCUGGGGCUGCACGAGCCGCUGGACAAGGGCGUGGGCAUCGGCGUGGUGGUGGUGUUCUGCCUGUACGUGGGCGCGUUCACGUGGUCCUGGGGGUCGCUGGGCUUCGUGAUCCCGGGCGAGAUCUUUCCGCUCGAGAUUCGCUCCGCCGCCAUGAGCCUCAAUGGCUUCGUGUUCUACUUCGUGGGCUUCUGCAUCGCGCAGUGGUUCUACAUCUUCCUCUGCGCCAUGCGCUUCGGCGUCUUCUACUUCUUCGCCUUCUGGAUCGUCGUCAUGUCGCUCUUCGUCUUCCUCUUCGUGCCCGAGACCAAGGGCGUCGGCCUCGAGCGCAUGCCCCUCCUCUGGGAGCAGCACUGGUUCUGGAAGCGCUUCGUCACCGCCCGCGUCGACGUCCAUCCCGCCCGAGCCCCCGACGACGUGUGAUCGUCUCGAGCUCGUCCGACUCCAUCCUUCUGAUCUCAGCUCUCCAUGCCCUCCCUUGCUCAUCAUGUAAAUAAAUCUCGGUUGCGGAGGCCAAAGGCACCGCGCAAUCAAUUUCGUCAACUUGUAGAGGAUUUCAAAUUCAUCAGCAAAUCACUUCUUAAUCGUCGGAUUGGUUCUCGUCGACGAGCUGAGCGGCUUGGACCUCUGUUUGUAAUCGUCCUUGCGUCUUGUACAUGCGACACGGAUUCUUCAUCACGAGAUCAAAUAUCGUUAUUUCGAAGAACUGGGGUGCGUGUUGAGAUGACAUGUGCCAAUGGAUGCCGGAUCAUGUCCUCGCAUUCUGCGACACGAGGAUUUGCUCGAUGAAACGAUCUUCAGAUGGAAAGGUUCGGCCACUUCACGGCCCGCCCGAGCUUCAUGAUCAGGUGCCUGGAUCAGUCUCAGAUCGGCGUCAUUGUGCAAACAAAGCAAGGACAAGCUACUUCAAGCUCUUCAUUCCCCAUCUUCACACAAGAUGAAACCAUAAUCUGCGGAGCUAUGACGAUUCAUCUAAAUGUCAGCGUCCAUAGAAUAAUCAAUAAGAAGUUGACUUCUUUGAUACGCUGGAUUCGGAUGCUUCGGCAGCUGUAGAGAUCUUUCCCCUCAUAUCCACGAGGAUUUAUCCGCGCACAUUCAUAAUGAUGCUGUGUAAUGAUGCAUCAUCACAAUUUUGUAUUAUCUCACCUUUCAAAUUGUAUAAGUAGAGUAUCGUGUUG